UUAUUAUCAUUUAUUGACAUUAGAUAAGACUUGGACUCCUCUCGAUGAUUUAUUUGAUGUUUUCAGUGCAAUUUCUGCCGUCGUUCGUGUCAGUUCUCGUGCAAUGUUCGCCUCAAAAGCUUCAAAAGUCCUCUUAAUCGCCGUUCCAACGAGCGUAGCGGCUCUCGUGUCACGCCAAAUGUUCGCCGAAUGCAAAGAAGACACAGUUACGAUCCGGCGUCAACGUCGUGAAUUCGCCAAAUAUCUCGGUUGCUUCGAAGAUCGCGAGGAAAAUCGCAAUUUCAAAGGUUACAUCCAAAAAUCCCACAAAAAUACGAUCGAAAGUUGUUGCGCUACAUGCCGCGAUGGAGGAUUUGUUUAUGCAGCAACUGCCGGGAUAUGGUGCGUUUGCGGCAACAAGUAUCCCGAUCCAAAGACGAAUCCAAAACUGCCGGAAGAGCGAUGUUGCGACACUUGUUCAGGCAAUCCGAAGCAAAAGUGCGGCGGAAAUUACGUUUUUAGCGUUUUUGAGACAGGAAAUGAACAAUACACUUUUGACAAAGACGGGAAGCAAAUUGGCGAAAGUUUCAUUCCUGCCAGCCCUUAUGACUUCUGGGGACACUUCAAACCGAAGGGAAGUGAACAUGGAUGGCACGAUUAAGCAACUUUUUAACCAGAAAUCAACUAAAAACAUAGAAAAUCGAUUAAAAAAGUGCAAUUCGUGACAAAAUAAUGAUAUUUUCUUUCAGUUCCUUCCCAUUUCUCGUUGGAUUUCCGAUAUUCGCACCUGCCAACUGUUACUUGCUUGCUUGACCAGACAAAACGAACAAUUUUCUGUUGAUUGAUUUCAUUUCCAUGAAUCGUGACGUUUUUCCAUUCCGGUCGAGACGCUUCAUUAUGUGACUUUUUUGUGAACGAUUGUUUAGAUAAUGCAAAAAAAACUGAAAAAAUUCAUAAUUUUAUUAUGACAUUGUUGCAAUUUUGUAAUAAUAUUUAUUUAAUAAUUGUCGUUAUGCUUUUUUGUUGGGAAUUAAAGCAAAAUAAAGUCAUGUUUAGUCGUCA